GGGUCGGCGGCCAAGAUGGCGGCUGCUGCUGCCGGUGUGGGCCGGCUGGAGGAAGAGGCUUUGCGGCGGAAAGAACGGCUAAAGGCCCUACGGGAGAAAACCGGGCGCAAGGACAAGGACGAUGGGGAGCCAAAGACCAAGCAGCUCAGAGACGGAGAGGAGGAAGGCGAGAAGCACCGGGAGCUCCGGCUGCGCAACUAUGUCCCCGAGGACGAGGACCUGAAGAAGAGGAGGGUGCCCCAGGCCAAGCCCGUGGCAGUGGAGGAGAAGGUGAAGGAGCAGCUGGAGGCCGCCAAGCCAGAGCCUGUCAUUGAGGAAGUGGGCCCCUUCACAUGUGUCUCUUUCCUUCCAACCCCCGCCCCUCCCAGGACCUGGCCAACCUCGCGCCCCGCAAGCCUGAUUGGGACCUCAAGAGAGACGUGGCCAAGAAGCUGGAGAAGCUGGAGAAACGGACCCAGAGAGCCAUCGCCGAGCUGAUCCGGGAGAGGCUGAAAGGCCAGGAGGACAGUCUGGCCUCUGCAGUGGCCGCCCCCACCGAGCAGGAGGCCUGCGACUCCGACUGAGCCUCGCCCCUGCUCGCUGCCUGCCUUCGCCUCCGUGUGGCUUCAGGGCGGGGACCCGCCGCCCGUCUCUGUGAAGCCCCCCGGCAGCCCCCUGCGCUGUCUGGGCUGCUCACUCUGUACAUAUGUAUGUUUCCAACUUUUUUUUUUUUUUUAAUAAAAACAAACCUGUGCAAACAGAAA